AUGGCGUCAAAGGUCUCGACUCUUCAUAAACAGGGCCAGAAACUCUAUCAAAAGGGAGACUUCAACGCUGCUGUCGAGGCCUUCGGCGAGGCAUUGAACCAGAAAGAUGCAGACAUCAUUGGCAUUCUGGAUAACCGUGCAGCUACGUACUGCAAACUUGAGGAUUAUAACAAGGCACGCCGAGAUUCAAGGCACAUGAUCAAAAAGGCCAAUCAAGAUGAACGCGGAUACCUGCGAUGUGCAAAGGUGCUUCUUCUUGAAGGCAAGCCUGACAAAGCUCUGGAAAUCUACGCUUAUGGUCUGAAGACGCUUGCUAGCAAACAUCCACGUCGUGAACUGCUGAAGCAAUUGCACGAUAAACUUCAAGAUCGAAUGCUACUAAACAGGCAUGAUCCCUUUACAAUGUUGCCAUUCGAGAUGGCAAUGAUGGUCAUCCAGCAUUUCUCUUUUAAGCAGAUUGUGGCCAUUUUACGUGUCUGCAAAGGAUGGGAGCGAUUCUUCGGCUCUAUAUCGCACUUAUGGAUGAACAUUGACUUCAGCGCAGCUCGAGGGACACUUUCUUUUGCUGCAGUCCGAUCAUGCAUCCGGCGAUCGAAAGGGUUGCUCACCAAAGCAACCAUCAAGAACCUGCCACCAUCGCAAACACCCAGAACCUUGGAAUUUCUAAGCAGAUGUCCCCAUAUUGAGCACCUACAGCUGUGGGUUUCACACGACCAUAAGGACUUCUUCAAUAAGUUCAAGGGUUCCAAAAAGCUGAAAAGCCUGGUCCUCUCAGCAGACAUGGCAAUUCCACAUGACUAUUUCGGGCGACUCCUAAUCGAGCUACCAAAACUCGAAAGCAUAUCACUAUGGAAUUCUCGAAACUCAUCCACUGAGUUUCUCAGCUCUGGCUCCUGGCCAAGUACUCUUCCAAGUCUAAAAAGCAUCACUUUGUCUACUCUCCAACAGCCACCAACCGCGCCAUUGACUCAAAUCAUACCUGCUCUUCAUCUCCCUCGCAUAUUAUCUGAUGUGAAACCUCAUCCUUAUGAAAACUUAGAGGAAUUGCGACUAGAGGCGAACUUAUCAAGGAUUGUCCCACUGUAUUUCCCCUCCGAAGCCGAUACUGGCCCUGGACGUGGUGAUAAUAUUGGGGACUUCUCUCUCCCACCGCUCCGUCACCUCGAGCUUCGAGGUAUCUCUCCAGAUACCUUUCUCCUUGCCUAUCUUCCCACUAGUCUUGAAUCCCUUAUAUUAUCAGGUGGACCGUCUCGGCCAAGUCCCAUCACACGAGUUCCAAAAACAUUUUCAAACCUACACACGCUCAUGUUCAGUGAUACCGGAUGGCUCAAUGCCCUGAGCCUUCAAACGCUCCUCAUAGAGCUACAGCCUCCAAUCCGAAAGCUAUGCUUGGAUCAAUGCUUCAAUCUUACCUGGCAUGCCCUCAUCAAUAUUAUAGAUGAAAGGGCCCGCAAUCCUAACUUAGCGAAAUUGGAAGAGCUCACCAUUACAUAUUUUCGGGCGAUAGAUGAUGUCUACGCGAACGUCCUUCUAGACGCGUUCCCCAACCUAACGUUCCUCGAUUUAUCCUACACGGCUAUCACGGGCUGCACGAUUAGGACAAUCGCCGAGUUGCGAACAUCUGAUUCAGCUAAGGGUCCAAGGAUCGAUCGUCUGAUUGUGCGAGGCUGUGAAGGUAUUUCUUCAGAUGCUGUGGCAUACGGUCGAGAAAAAGGGUUGGACGUGAUAUUCUGA